AUGGCACUCAGCAACGCCACUGCUAUCAACGCAACGAUGCGAGCUGUUGUGUGGCAAGGCAAUGCCUACAAUGUUAGCGUUGUCGAUCUGCCUAUGCCAACCAUCAUCAAUCAAACAGAUGCUAUUGUUCAGAUGUCCAGGGCAGCUAUUUGUGGAUCGGACUUGCACAUCUAUCGUGGGACGAACGUGGGUGAGCCAGCUCCAUUCGGCCUUGGUCAUGAGGGAGUUGGCUAUGUAUCCGAGGUCGGGUCUGGCGUUGGCUCGCUCAAAGUCGGUGACCCGGUGAUUGUUCCUUUCACUGUUGAUGAAGGUCACCUGCACUCCGACCUCACUUCGCACAUGUAUGCUGGGUACGGCAACGGAGGGGAUCUAGGUGGAACUCAAGCUGAGUACCUGCGCGUCCCCUUCGCGGACAACGGCCUUAUCCCAGUUCCGUAUUUAGAGUAUACGAACUCAACUACAAACGAAUCUGUUUCUCUGGCAAAUGACUACCUUAUGAUGUCCGAUAUCUUUGCCACAGGCUGGACUUCCCUCGAUUUUGCCGGGUUUGAAGCAGGUGACACUGUUGCCAUUUUUGGAGCAGGCCCGGUUGGCUUGAUGGCUGCAUACUCAGCUACCCUUCGAGGUGCCUCGACUGUAUAUAGCGUGGACUACGUCUCUGAUCGGCUCCAGCUAGCUGAAUCGAUUGGAGUCAUUCCCGUCAAUUUCCUCGAUUCCGAUCCGGUGACGCAGAUCUUGGCACUCGAGCCCAAUGGUGUUGCUCGAAGUAUUGACGCAGUUGGAUACGAGCAAGUGAACAGAAACCUCACGGUCCAGUCGGAUGUCAUUAUUCGCAAUAUGUUGGCCGUUACUUCCUCAGGUGGUGGUAUGGGCACUGUUGGAGUCUAUAAUCCAGAGUCCCAUAAUACAGCGACAGCGCCGCGUGCUUCUUCCGUCAACACGCACUUCAAUUUCUCCCUUACGGAUUUCUUCUUUGGAGAAUUCCAGUGGGGAGCUGGACCUUCGAAGCCGAUUGAUCUCGCGCCGGAACUCUUGCAUCUCGUUGCUUCAGGCAAGGCUAGACCAGGUUUUAUUGUCAGCGAUGUCAUUAAUAUUGAGGACGCACCGGACGCCUAUGCCAGGUUCGAGAGACAUGACUCCAUAAAGGUCGUUAUCGACUUUGGUCUGUAA